CCGAGGCGGUGGAGCGCAGCCGGCGCAGCGAGCGGGUGUAUGUGGGGACGCGUGGUGCGGAGGCGCUGCCCGCGGGGGCUGCGGCGCGGCCGGGAGGCGCUGCUGGCGCUGCUGGCGCUGGCUGGGCUGGGCGCGGUGCUGAGGGCUCGAAGCGGGUCGGGGAUGGUGGAGACCCAGGCCCGGCCGGUGAACUCUGGACGCCCGCACACUCCUCGCCCCGGGCGACGCGAGCCGGUGCUGCCCAGGCCGCCGCUGGCUGCCGAUGCUCUGGGCGCGCAGGGGGAGGCGGUGCGGCUGCAGCUGCAAGGAGAGGAGCUGCGGCUGCAGGAGGAGAGCGUGCAGCUGCACCAGAUCAACAUCUACCUGAGCGACCGCAUCUCGCUGCACCGCCGCCUGCCGGAGCGCUGGAACCCUCUGUGCAGAGAGGAGAAAUACGAUUACGAUAAUCUGCCCAAGACUUCUGUUAUCAUAGCAUUUUAUAAUGAAGCCUGGUCCACACUCCUUCGGACAGUUUACAGUGUUCUUGAGACCUCCCCUGACAUCUUGCUGGAGGAGGUCAUUCUGGUUGAUGACUACAGCGACAGAGAGCACCUGAAGGAACGCUUGGCCAACGAGCUGUCCCAGCUGCCCAAGGUGCGCCUGAUCCGCGCUAACAAGAGGGAGGGCCUAGUUCGAGCCCGGCUGCUGGGAGCCUCCGUGGCCAGGGGCGAAGUGCUGACCUUCCUAGACUGUCACUGUGAAUGCCAUGAGGGGUGGCUGGAGCCUCUGCUGAAGAGGAUCCACGAGAAGGAGUCGGCCGUGGUGUGCCCCGUCAUUGAUGUGAUUGACUGGAACACCUUCGAGUACCUGGGCAACCCCGGGGAGCCGCAGAUCGGAGGCUUUGACUGGCGGCUGGUGUUCACAUGGCAUGUGGUUCCCCAGCGGGAGCGGGCAUUGAUGAGGUCUCCUAUCGACGUCAUCAGGUCUCCGACAAUGGCUGGGGGACUGUUUGCUGUGAAUAAGAGAUAUUUUGAGUAUCUGGGGUCUUACGAUACAGGAAUGGAAGUCUGGGGAGGAGAGAACCUCGAAUUCUCCUUCAGGAUCUGGCAGUGUGGUGGCACUCUGGAGACUCACCCCUGCUCCCACGUAGGCCACGUUUUCCCCAAGCAAGCUCCCUAUUCGCGCAGCAAGGCCCUGGCCAACAGUGUCCGCGCUGCAGAGGUGUGGAUGGAUGAAUUUAAAGAACUCUACUACCACCGAAACCCCCGGGCCCGGCUGGAACCCUUUGGGGACGUGACGGAGAGGAAGAAGCUUCGAGCCAAGCUCAAGUGUAAAGACUUCAAGUGGUUCCUGGACACAGUGUACCCAGAACUACACGUGCCAGAGGACAGGCCUGGCUUCUUUGGGAUGCUCCAGAACAAAGGAUUAAGAGGGUACUGCUUUGACUAUAAUCCUCCCAGUGAGAACCAAGUCGAUGGCCAACAGGUUGUUUUGUACCUCUGCCAUGGGAUGGGUCAGAACCAGUUUUUCGAGUAUACAUCCCAGAAAGAACUACGCUACAACACCCGCCAGCCCGAGGCCUGUGUAGCUGUGGAGGAAGGGAAGGACAUCCUUGUCAUGCAUCUCUGCCGAGACGCCGUUCCAGAGAAUCAGGAGUUCAUCCUACACGAGGAUGGCACGUUAGUUCACAAACAGACUAGGAAAUGUGUCAAGGCCACAAAGAAGGAGGUCGGCCCCGGCUUUGCACCACUCCUGAGGGACUGUACCAACUCAGAUAACCAGAGAUGGUUCUUCAAGGAGCACAUGUCAUAGUGCGUCGCCUUGUCAAGGAAGGAGCCCAUCAUGGCCAUGGACAUGGUGCCCAACGAGAUGGAGAAAGUACCUGGUUGUCACAAGAAUGAGAAUAAGCUUUAUACAGAUUUUGAAAACUUUAAAAAUGUCUCCCUGUGCCCUAUCUCUGAGGGCAAUCCCAAGGUGUUGCCUUUGGUAUUUGAAGGCUUCACUAGGGUAUUUUUCUAUCAAGAUGUACAUUGUACAGUGGUGCCUUUUUUCUCAUUAGCAAAAAGGUAAAUAUUUUAUUUUGGUACUUACAAAGGCUCGUUGAUGUUUGCAGUGUAUACUUUGCACAAACUGGUAAUACCUCAAGUGUCGUGUUAGAGUAACUCCUCACUGGGGCAAGAUGGACACUAGAAACAUCGUGUUGAUUUCGUUAGGUGUGCGUGAGAUGAGUGGUCUGGGUUUAUACAAUAAAGACUGCUUUCUGCUUAUGUG